ACUCAGACUGCAGAUGUCGGGGACAAGGUGAUCCAAGAAUUACCACCGGUUUCCACCGGCACAGUAUUCGGUUACGAUGAUGAAACAAUGCGUCGAAUCGCCGAAGCGGACGCAGCCGAUCGCGCUCGGCGGUCACGUCGUCAACGUCGUCGCUGUGAUACGGAAUGUUUGGAAUCCGGUGUGCCUACUGUCGACCAAACCCAAAUGGACGUGGACUCAAAUCUGAUAAAAGUGAACGAAGAAGUUGGCGAUCUGAUGAACUACAAGCCUCAUGAGGAGUUAGAGAUUGUGGAGGAUACUCUGGCCGUGUUAGAUGAGGAAAUGCACGACCAGGAAGCGUUUGACAAUGACGAGGAAGAUGAUGACGAAGAGGGACUUCCGAGCAGUCUAAUCCCUCGUAUAAAUAUUGGAGACGCAUUUCAGGCCGUAAUUCCCGAGUUCAACGCCGGUGAGUUUCUUCACAUUUUGAAAUCUGAUCAUGAACUGAGCUGUCUGAUUCAUGUGAAUUGA